AUGAAAGGAAAUUUUGAAGUGGUAAAAGUUUUAGUUGAAGCAGGCGCCUUAUUAAAUAGAACCACUAAAGAUGGAAGAACAGCUUUAUACUUGGCUGUACAAGAAGGGCAUGUUGAAGUGUCAAAAUACUUGACAGAUCAAUAUCCAAAAGCAAUUACACAAACUACACAAUCGGGUCGAUUACCAAUUCAAGCGGCAGCAGCUUAUCAUGAUCCAACGCCAGCUUAUGAAAUGACGACUUAUUUAUUAUCCCAUACUCAUGAUAACGUUAUUCAUCAUCGUGACAAUUCAGGUCGAAAUCUGUUGUUGGAUGCAGCCCUAUCACAAAACUUGACUUUAUUACGCUAUUUAAUUAUAGAUCAAGGUGCCAAUAUAAGUAAUACAGAUUCUCUGGGUCGUAACAUGAUUCAUCAUGCUGCAAUGACUGGACAUUUGAAUGUUCUUGAGAUGAUAUUAAAUAUAAAGCCACAGCAGCAAGGAUGGGAUAAUGCCGAUAGUUGGGAUCAUUGGACGCCUUUGAUGCACGCUGCAAGACAAGGCCAUUUCGAUAUUGUACAAUUCCUAGUUGAGACUGUUCAUGUAAAUAAACUGACUAAAGAUAAGCAUGGAAGAACAGCAAAAGAUAUUGGUAAGUGUGUGUAUAAUAAUAAUAAAUGCUAUUAG